GACAGCACGCCGGCCGCCUCGGACGCCACGCCCAGCACGCCGGGCGGGUCUGAGAACGGCGAGCCACGCCGGGGCCCGGCCGGCCUCCAGCAGCAGUUCCGCGCCUUCGCCAAAUACGGCGACAGCAAGUCGGACGGGACGCAGAUCACGCUCUCGCAGGCCGACAAGUGGAUGAAGCAGGCCAAGGUCAUCGACGGCAAGACCGUCACCACCACCGACACCGGCAUCGCCUUCAAGAAGUUCAAGCAGCAAAAGAUACAUUUCAAGGAGUUUCAGAAAUUCCUUGACGAUCUGGCGGCCAGCAAGAAGGUGGCACCAGACAAGAUGAAAGGGAAGCUCACGGCGUGUGGCGCGCCGGGUCACAAAAGCAACGCCAGCCCGGGCACCAAAAGCAACGUCUACGACCGACUCUGCGACGUCAGCAAAUACGGCGCAUCCCACCGGCAGCGGUUCGACGAGCACGGCAAAGGCCGCGGCGCCGUCGGCCGCCGCGACGACCACGCCAAUUCGGGAUACGUCACCGGCUACAAGCACCAGGACACGUACCCGCAGAAGCGCUGAGCAGCUGCGGCCGGCCGCCCGGGCGCCGGCGCGGCA